GGAAAAUAAAUAUGCUAUUGUUCGCACCUUUCUUCAGAAAAGUGUUGGAGAGUGAAGAAGAACAAUAAUGGAGGAGAAAGGCAGCGAAAGAUGGAACGGAGCCAUUACCAAUCUCACCGAGUUGUCUUCCAAUUUGGACUCCCUUCAGAAGAUUCUCUUCAAGAAAGCCGUUUUCGUUGACGAAGAAACCUUUGCCAAAGCCUCUCUCACCUCCGAACAAGCCCGAACCAUCAAGGCUCUAGAACAAAGGGUGGAAUCUUUGGAAAGGGACCUUGAUGCUGCCAUUGUAGCAUCAUCUCGUGCACGUAAAGAAAAACAAGCAGUUGAGGCAGCACAGAAAGCUGCUGAGUUUCGUGCACAGGAGAUUACAAAAGAGCUCGAGAACACCACAAAGGUGUUUGAACUGCACAUGGAAGAGUUGCGAGCGAAGCAAGAAGAAAUCUACAAGCGCGACAAGGAGAUUAAGGUCUUGGAAGCCAUUAUUCAAACACUUGGGGGAAAAGAGGCAUCCCAUUCCAAAAAUGGGUAAAAACUGGAUAUUUUACUUUUUGAAUCUUACUUGUAUAUUUAUGUGGGAAACAAUUGAAUGUACAUUCACUCCUAAUUCUAAUAAAAUAUUGUUUUCAUUUUACAACAAA